AUGGUAAAAACAGUUACAAGAGGAAUUUCAGAAUAUGACAUUGUGCACUGUCCUCCAUCUCACACCUAUCAUCCAACGACAAAGAAAGAACUCCUACGAGAACACAUCUCAUACGAACAAUCCAGAAAAAAGAAUUAUCCAACAAUAGGUCCAUUCCAAAAUAUUGAGGAAUUCUCAAAUGGUACUGAGGAGGAAUUGAAACAUCUUCGAAUGGACAUGCUUCGUCAACAAAUUGAUCAAGAUAUCAAGGAGGGUUUUCCAGAUUGGAAUUUAACAGAUUCAUGGUUUUCAAAAAUCAAUUCUUCAUUGUAA